GAACCAUAACACAAAUGUUGAGGUAUUUUUUAAAACACAUAAAGAGAAAGUGAAUGUAAACAGAAGAUAAAACAUUUGGAAAGAUCAGCAAGUUUACAGCUCAGUUAUAGAUGUAAAUGCAUACAUACUUUACAUUGCAUAAUCAUGUUAUUAUUUUUUAUCCCUGACCACAGCAACAGAGAGGAGCAGUGAUAUUAUUUCCUGAUGUUUUCAGGCUCUGUCCAUUGAGGUUUAACCCUCUUCAAGCAUUACGGUAAUCCACCAAAUAGCCCAGGGAGGAAUUUCAGGAAUGUGAAAAGCUCCUAUUCAUAUUGAAACUAGAUUAAAAGGUGCACAACUUAACACUAAAUGCUGGUUUUAACACGAGUAACUAAAUACAUGGCUACUGACAGAAGGCCUGGCUUCUAUACUUUGUAUCAAGUUGGAUAUGUCAGAACUUCUGCUGGAUUCAUUGAUUCAUCCUCUCUUCAGAUUUACUGAAUGCCCUGCUGGCUGUGGAUGAAUUAAGCAACAGAGAUGUACACAAAAGUGGUGCUGUCAAUUAAUAAAAUGCAUGUAUUGAUUAUUUGAAAGACUAUACAGUGUCAAAGAACUUUGAUAAAGUAAUCAAUAGUGUCAGCUUUUCCAGUGCAUUGAACUCUUCCCCACAUGAAAAGUUACAUUGACAUCUGCCUAGUAACAGCAGUUCCUGCCAUUGGUGCACUUCGUCUCCUCCCGUUUGUGUGUGGAUUAGUGAAAGUCUUUAAACUUUAGCAUUUGACCUGCAAUAUGUCUUCAUUGUAAAGAAGUGUUUGUGUUUUGUGCGUUUGUUUUAAGUUAUAAGGAAUAAUCACUUUUGUGAGGAUUAUCACAGAAAGCCUAAUGUUCAAAGCAGUUCCAAAGGCUAAAUAGUAGAUAUGAUUUUGUUAUGGUCAAUAGCUUAUAUAAGUCUUCUGUUAUGUUCAUAGCUUAAAUGAUAAAAUAAUCAAAUGACUGAUCUUACAAACCUACAGUCAUAGUGCCUCAGAUUACAGUUGCAGUUACAGAUGUUGACUCAUCUGUCCUCAAACAAGCACUAAUUCUCACACUCCAAUUUGGUUGAGUGUGGGUGAGCCACAUGGUGAGGUUUAUGCUGUUCAUUUCAUUGCAAUGUGCGCAUGAAGUGGUCAACAACUCAUGUUUACAUAUUCUCUAAGUGAACUGAUGCUGUAAUAAACUACAAUAUAGAGUUUCUACAGGUAAAAAUGCAUUGAUAGGUAGCCUAUAACACGUUGACUGUGCUUAUUAAAAGGUAGUAGGCUAUAGGCCUAAUAUAAUUUCAUCCUCUCCUAUCCUUUUGUUUUUAGAAUACUGGGGAUUAACAAAGCCGCAGUAUAUGUUUUGUGCUCCACUGUUGUCCCAUGUGCUCGCCUCAUGUUCACUGAGAGAGCUGCUGCUUUUAUUCAGACCUGUAGAAAGACAGAGGAAGAAGGAAGAGGGGGUGUAAGCUGUUAUCGCCCCCUACCGACGCUGAACUGCCAGCCUGCCCCAGUCAGCGCCACUACAGCGGGGGAUAGACGUCCUCCAGAAUCAGCUCCGGACCUCCCACCUCUUCCUCCGAGGCUACCAGGCUAUAGGAGGAGGGGUCCUGCCCUGUCUCUCGCGCUUUCCUUAUGUAUAUGCAUAUAAUAGAAUCCCUUCCUAGCGCGCUCCCUAGCACACUGCUUGUCUCUUUGAUCCCCCCCACCCCCUUAACAACAGCUGACGUCACCGCGCGCACCCAUCCCACCCAGUCCUCCCCCUCUUCAGCGGGCGCUCGCAUGUAAACUUUGUCUGUGUGUGCGUGUGCAUUUGCCCGUGCGCGAGCACGAGGCAAGGGUUUUUGUCUCGCAGGGGGAAACGCUGUGUUCUUCAGAGGGCUCGCGCACACCGGAGAAGCAGCAGCACGCAGCAGCUCAGCCAGAAGAAAGUAAUUUAAAUUUAGCUGACUGUGGCCUUCUGCCUGCUGUAGCCUGCGCAGUCUCUAGUAUAGGAACAUUUGAACAGGGCGGCACUAAAGUUUAUAUCGGCGGUGAAAAGAAGUUAUUAUUAUUAGCUGUGGUAGCCUACUAUGGAGGACCAGCUGCUGUGCUGCGAGGUGGACUCCAUCCGGAGAGCCUACCAGGACAUCAACCUGCUCAACGACCGAGUCCUGCACACCAUGCUGAAGGCAGAGGAAAGCUACCUACCGUCACCAAACUACUUCAAGUGUGUUCAGAAAGAAAUUGUACCUAAAAUGAGGAAAAUAGUUGCGACCUGGAUGUUAGAGGUCUGCGAGGAACAGAAAUGUGAGGAGGAGGUUUUUCCGCUGGCUAUGAACUAUUUGGACAGAUUUUUAUCAGUGGAGGCCACCAGGAAAACACGGCUACAGCUGUUGGGAGCUACAUGCAUGUUUCUAGCAUCCAAGAUGAAGGAGACUGUCCCCUUAACGGCGGAGAAACUUUGUAUCUACACGGACAACUCGGUUCAGCCUGGAGAACUGCUGCAAAUGGAACUGCUGGUUCUCAACAAGUUGAAGUGGGAUCUGGCUUCAGUCACCUCUCAUGACUUCAUUGAGCAUUUCCUCUCCAAGCUGAAGAUCUACCCAACCACCAAGCAGAUCCUCAGGAAACAUGCCCAAACCUUUGUGGCUCUCUGUGCUACAGAUGUUAACUUCAUCGCCAGUCCUCCGUCUAUGGUGGCGGCAGGCAGUGUGGUGGCAGCUGUUCAAGGUCUCUACCUGAAGAGCCAAGAUACCUCCUUGUCCUCCCAGAACCUCACCAACUUCCUGUCACAGGUCAUUCGCAGUGACCCGGACUGCUUACGGUCCUGUCAGGAGCAGAUAGAGUCUCUGUUGGAGUCCAGCCUGCGGCAGGCUCAGCAGCACAGCAGCACAACAGAAUCCAAACGUGUGGACGAGGACGUGGACCUGUCCUGCACCCCGACAGACGUCAGAGACAUCAACAUCUGAAAUGACAGACAGCUGUGUCUCACCAUGACCUGGUGAUUGAGGGAAAGCUGUGGAUAGAAGGUGACAACAACGGGCUGGGGGUAUGCCUCAUCUGAACUCAGCCUCCCACUCCUCCUCCUUCUUCUUCAUGGAGGGCUGCUAUCAUGUUUGCUAUGUCACUCACAUGCACGCCGUCUGCUAUGAAUGCCAUGCCAAGACAGAGUGCCCCCAACCUGCAACGAACCCAGGUCACAUUUCCUGAGUGUUCCCUGCCACCAUGCGAAAAGAAACAAACACCAGAGAAAUGUACCAGAGAGAACAGACAGUGAAUGUUGAUGACCUGUGUGGGCUGGAACUGAAGUCAAUGUUUUUUUCUUAUUCCCUCAAAUAUUACACUAGGAAUCUUUCAAUUUCCACAGACUCAACUUGCCUACUAAAACAUCCCAAAGUGUCUGUACAGUAGGUCCUCGUAGUCUGUCUUCAGGUCUUCACCUGAAGUCUGACAUUUAUUAAAGAGAAGAGGCUUUUUUGUUUUCACUUCUGUUCUGUUAUAUUUAGAAUGUUUUAGCCUUGAUGUCCGAGCUCCCCUGUUUGUCUUGUUGCAUUGCAGACAUUUAUAUAUCCCUGCUUGCUUAUGUUUAGUCACUUUAUUAUAUAUCAUGUUAGACCUCUUUAUCAGUUAGUCUUAUACCUCUUUUCUUCCAAAUGUUUUGUUUUACAAACCAAGUGUAGAGUGAGACGCUCUGUAUUUUCACUCUAAUGAAUGUGGACUGCUUAUGGUAAGUUUUGGACAGGUGUUCGUGUGUUGAUGACAUUUGCUUGACCCAUUUCAGCUUGCUGUAAUUUGAUAAGAUCAAAUCGAUACAGAUGCAAGCAGAGCAAUCCACAAUCUGUUAUGUUUUCUCUCUUUGUGUAGUUAUACCUAAUACCAUUCCAACUUUGUUUUCUAAAGAAAAAGCACUUUUGGUCAGCGCUGCUGGCUCAUCUAAGAGGAAAUCACAGUGAAUCAGUUUGUAAACCAGCAUGAAAAUGGAAUGGGGGUUUAAGCAGGAGUCUUGUGACAGAGAGUCAGAGCAGCACAUGCAUACAAUUGCACCUGGAUGUAAUUCUUUUAAUGGGACACAAAUUGAGCAGUAUGGCAGAAAAAAAAACAAGACUGAAUGCUGCUUGAGACUGCCAUGAGUCUCCUAGGGCCAGUGGCUUGCUGUAACUGCCUUUCAAGUCUCAGAUUAAACUUUUAGUUCAACAAAUGUCUCAUACAGGCAGAGUCACUUUUAGAUCUCAAGAAAUAUCAUUGUGUUAGUUAAACCUGAGCAUGCAGAGCCAAAAACUAAAGGUCCAGAGGUAAAAGGAAAAAGAAGCAUUAUUUUUAUUGUUAAAAUAAUACUUUAUUUUUAUAUAGUAAAACAUAUUAUUUAUUUUUUUAGCUUGAAUUGUCUAGUUUGCUAACAAACUGUGGCUCCACCUGCUGAUGUUUAACUCAACCAGUGAGCAUAUUUCUGCCUUCAGAGUAGCCCUGCUAUCCAGAAAUAUUUGUGAAACAGUCUGACUCUAAAUUACCAGCAUGGCAUCCCCUUCCAUUGCUCCAUCUUACUUCACAUACUGCUUGUGGAUUCUGGAAAGGGGAUGAAGCUAAAAAAGAGGAGUGUUUAGACUAUUGACGUGAUUUUGCACAAACCUAAAAGACAUGGGCUACGUUUCUUGCCUAACUUGCCUAAAAAACAGUGGAGAGCAAAGCUGGCAAGAGUACAGGGGCAUAAAAAGGAGGCAAAAAGUGGCAAAAAGGGUGACCGCUCAACAGCGAGGUAUGUCUUAAUGCUGUAGAGUUCCAGUCAGGGUUCCUACACAGGACAGGCAAGUUGACAUGAGCAGGUAGAAAUAUACUUUAUAUAUGAAGAUGAACAGAUUACUACAGGCAGGAGUGCUCUCUUCAAAUUCUGGAAAAGGUCUGUGACUGUUAAACUGUGUAGGAACUCUGCAAAUUAGGUUUCUGAUUGUACCAUGAGAAUAGAGAGUAGGAGAGAAACACUCCUUGUUUUCUGCUGCUAUAGAAAAUAAAUCCCAGCUACAUGUUAAAAAAAAAAAAAGGAAAAAAGAUGACAUAAAUGUAAUGGAUUAAAAUUGAUGCUUUUCUCCUGUUGUUUGCUGCUACAUUUUUGGUUGUUUUUAUACAGAUAAAUGUCAAUAUACUGCCAUUCUAGGUUUGAAUUUUCUCAUAGAAAAUUGCUAUUGACAUCCUCAUUUGUUGUUUUUAUGUAGAUUCUGUGUGAUCCGUUUUUGUUUGUAAUUGCAUAAUAUGAUCCAUACUAUUC